AAGUACAAAAACAGUUUGUGUUGUCUAACCUCAAAUAAGCCUGUAUAAGACUCAAAGUCAUACACCCAGACGCUGCAGUAAGCUUUUCAAAUGUUUCAGGGGUAACUUUACUUUUUUUAUGUGUUGCAGAAACUGGCGUAUCAGUCAUGCUUUGAGCCACCACUUGUACACGAAUUCAUUGCUGGACCUCGAACUCGCUAUUUUCGAGCCAUUGCUGCAGUGGGUGCCACAUCGUAAUAAAUCGAUAUUUGUUCGUUACGUAUCUUGGCUUUACAGCUUCAUUCUUUAUACCGUCUUAUUCCACAGUAACAUUGUCAUCAGGCUAUAUUUGACUUUGAACGGCAGGUUGAGGCCUGCGUUAAGGAAAGAGGACCUCAUUCCAUUCUUCCCACUGCUUGUGAUGUACACAUACAGUGGCACGACAUUUGUUAACGCUUUCGUCAUGUGGUGCUGGAUUGUCGUCGUUGCGAGCUUUUUCUUCUCUCUGAAUGGUUUAAAUGCAGCACAUCACCACCCAGACAUCUUCCAUGAUGGAGAUGCACCCAGAGCUGAUCGCGACUGGGGCAUUUGUCAAAUAGAUGCUGUAAAGGAUCGCACGGAGAUCAACAGCUCCAAGUUCCUGGUUCUAGUGACAUUUGGUGAACACUGCCUUCACCAUAUGUUCCCAACUAUAGAUCACUGGUAUCUGCAUCGACUCUAUCCUGUAUUUUAUGAUACCUGUAAAGAAUUUGGUAUCACUCACAGGACUGGUACUGUCCUCGAUUUGCUGAAAGGUCAAUUUCUGCAGCUGGCCAGGACAGAACCGAACCCUAACCCACCAGGAAAAUAAACGACUAAAUCAAACCUGUUAAA